AUGAAGACCACUUUUGAGACUGUAUAUUUAUCCAAUGCUGAUGAGUCAAUGGUUUCUAAGUGGGAUUGCGAGAUUGAGCUCUCUGGGCAGAAUAUAUCUUCUUUAGAUCUAACAAAUAACGUAUUUGUUUUACCGCCGUUGAAUUGCCCUUUAGAAAUAAUUAUUAGAAUUGGCUUAGAGAACGACGACCUAGUACCAAACAAGCAAGACUUUAUCCCAUUUCCUAACGAGGAGUUUUGGACUACAGACUUAAAUUAUGCUAUGACACAUAAAACCAACAGUAAUAAAGAAAUGGAAUUAUCUUUAAAAUGCAACCAGUUUACCACGAUGAAGGCGGACAAGUUAUUCUACAAACCGAUAUCUUUACACCUAACAAAAGAGUAUAAAGUGCUGGUGUUAUCAAAACUGACAAUAAACGGGGAGUUUUAUAGCCUGGGUAGCCUAGAUAAUUCUACAGUACAGGACCAUUUGAAUGAAUACUUCAUUUCAUUGAUUAUUUCGCAACUCGAGUUUCAAUUUCCCCUUGUGUUUUCCAGGAAUAGCAGGAGGAAGUUCCUUAACCACGAACAAACCAUGGGCGCCGUAUCUUGCAGUUUGGCUGGAAACAACUCUCUAAUAUCAAAUAUAUCUGAAAUGAUAGCUCAUGAUCUGACAAGUUCUUUUGUUUUCGAAGUGUUGGAAAUAUGUGCUAAUUCAAGUAGAAAAGCCAAGUAUAAGAAACUGGGUAUAUCUAAACUUGCCCAUAAGCCGUUCAAGCGUUUUUGA